AUGUCGGAUUCCAACUCCACAGGAAACGCAAGUAUUGCAGAACCUCCCUUUCGCUUCCUCGCUCUUCCUGGAGAGAUUCGAAAUCAGGUUUACGAAUGCGUUGUCGCCAACUUCGAAAGCGACCGAUUAAGGCACACAAGGAGUGUUCGCGAGGUUCUGCGCCAUCUUCCCGUCCCGAUAUGGGCCUUCCUCUUAACAUGCAAGCAAAUACGAGCCGAACUCCUCGAACACUGCUACCGCUCAUACGUAUGGCUAGCAAACCUGCGCAUUACCACCAAAGGGUUUGAGCCCUUUGAGCUCAAUGGCGAUCGUUCGUGGAUGCUACAGCCUGAGGAUGAGUGGAUGCCUCCAGCUGGUGCUCUGAGCAAGGCUCGAUCCGCCAUUUCAGGUGCGGGUUCAGAACGAGGUGGAUCCGAGGAUAUCGAACUGGCCGGCGCUCGGGUCCUUUUUGGCGAUGGAGCUACGUGCUACUACAGAGAACAAACUAGCGGGAAUUAUGGCCGAGAAGAGGACGAAGAAUGAGGGCGUCACGGCCUUCUCAGUGGAGGACUGGAGGGGUGUUGUUAGAACGUUGAGGUGUGCGUUCUUAAACUUUUGGUCGACGCGGGGUUGAGGCUGUGAUGGUGUGGCAACGUUGGUUCGGGAUAUAGCGGGAGCACAUCGUCGUAUUGCCGAGAG